UCAGUCAACACACUUCCGACAGCUCGGAUAUGAUGUAGCAACGUACUUAUCGGAAGUUACUACCGUUAGUGGCGUAACCGUCAAUCACACUUCAAAAGAUAUUAAACUUGUGACAGUUUGCUCUCUUUUUACCAAUAUGGCGUAUCCAGGCUACGGCGGGUAUGGGGGGCCAAUGCCAGGCAUGCCAGGGCAGGGGAUGCCGCCCCAAGGAAUGCCGCCCCAAGGAAUGCCAGGAGGGCCCAUGGGAGGCCCCAUGCCUGGGCACAUGGGUGGGCCGAUGGGAGGCGCACCACCCCAGGGAGGAUAUGCCCACUACGGAGGAGGCUAUCCAGGCGGGUAUGGCGCCGCGCCUCCAGCUGCCAAUGAUCCAAUGUGGGGUUACUUUACCGCCAUAGCAGGCCAGGACGGUGAGGUCGAUGCCGAGGAGCUCCAGAAGUGUCUGACGCAGUCUGGUUUCACUGGAAGCUACACUCCCUUCAGCCUGGAGACAUGCAGGAUCAUGAUCGCCAUGCUCGACAGGGACUUUACAGGCAAGAUGGGCUUCAGUGAGUUCAAGGAGCUUUUCACAGCUCUGAACGGCUGGAAGCAGAACUUCAUGAUGUUCGACCAGGACAGGAGCGGAACUGUGGAGCCUCACGAGAUGACUCAGGCAAUCAACGCCAUGGGCUACCGUGUCAGUCCUCAGGCUCUAAAUGUCAUCAUCAAGCGCUACAGCAAAGGAGGAAGAAUCUACUUUGAUGACUACGUGGCCUGCUCUGUCAAACUGCGAGCGGUCACAGAUAACUUCAGACGGAGAGAUACCAUGCAGCAGGGAUCCGUCAACUUCCAGUAUGACGACUUCGUCCUCUGCACAAUGGCCAUCUAAGUGCUGCUGUGUGUCCCACACCACGAGGUCAGGGCGUUUAACCAACCAAUCAGUGGUGGAUUCUGGGCCGCUGCCUCACAGGAAUGCAAAGGGAGGCCAGUAUAUCAGACUGAGUUGCCAUGAGCCGCAACAGGAAAGUACCCAUCGCUUGUAAUGCUUGCUGUUAUGCUUAAGUCUUGUAUCUCAUACAGGGAUGUGCUGAAGAUGUAUCACACGUAUAUACACAAAGUAUGUAUCCACAUUAGUGGCGAAUAUAAUUGAUUAAAGAGGGGAAAUAUUAUACAUUUAAGUAUCUUUAAAGCCCUUAUGUGUAGGAUUUCUGACUUCAAAGUCAGAGACAAGUUGUGUCUGAAUAAUUUGGAAAAAUGUUGGGUGCAUGUAGGGGCUUUAAAGAAUGGAGGUUUGAGAGUUUCAGUGGAACAAUGUAGGAAUGAUGUGUUUGUUAGAAUAUUCUGCUUUGGGUCUCUCAGUUUGGAAUGAAACAGCAACAUGAAUACUGAUAGUAUAAAGCAUCAUCUGACCUGUGAGACACCUAUUGUGCCAUUAUAAUCUCUGAAUGUAUGGACUAUUAUAUUAAAAUCAUUUACAGAUAACUUUGUAGUAAAGGCAGCAUCACAAGUUAUGGUUAAAUGUUAGCAUUUACAGAUAACAUGAUGUUGAGUUGACGUUGACACUGAACAGAUUUGUUAUAGUUUCUCAUGUGCAUUAUUUGUUGUAAUAUUUUAUUUGUGCAGGAAAUAAUGUGCACUGUUGCAUCUGUUUUAUAAACCCUCUGUUGAGCCUAACGACAGUAGAUUAGCUUGAUGUUUAACUCUAUAACAAGCCAAAGUGACUGUGAGCUAAAUCCACACUGAUACCUUUUAUUAAUGAGAUUACCUUCAUAUGCUUGAGAUUAUGCACCUGUAAACUUGGUUUUCAAACACAGCCGGGUUUAAAAAACCUCUGCACAUACCCAAUGUUGUGAUAAAUAUCAUAUUUUGUUACUCACAAUAAACACUUUUUAAUCAGUA